AUGCGGCGGUCUGGGAAGAAGAAUACCCUUGCACCUGCAGCGCGAGCAUGUACAAACUGUCAAAAGCGCAAGAGCCGAUGCCUACAUUCUCGUGAGAACAACCCUUGUUCGUUCUGCGAAAAGACCGGGAAGACCUGUAGUUUUGAGGGUCCCCCGGAUCGAACCCCCUUGACGCGAAGAAAUCUCGAUGCGGCUGAGUAUCGGUGUACUCAGCUCCGAUCACUCCUUCAGUCGCUUAAUCCCGAUGUGAACAUCGAAGCUGCGCUAGCGGAACGAAGCAACGAAUCUGCGCUGGAAGAGCGUGUCGAUGCCUUUGACUCCAGCCAUCAAUUUGAUAAGGACAGUGAAGUUACCCCGGAUAGUUAUGAGUGGAAGGAAGGAUCACUUUCCCCCACGGAUGGCAUGGCCACUCUUUCGGCCACCGAAGCGGGGUACUUUGGUUAG